UAAAAAUUUUGAAACAAAACAAGACCUCAGAUUUGUAACAUAAUAUUUUGUUCUUAAAAGAGGAAAACAUUCAAGCUGAAUAACCUUAAAGUUGAGCAAACUGAAAAAAUCAUGGAAGGUGAUAAUGUCGCUGUAUUAUUAGCGUCAACCCCAGCUAUGGAUGUUCAGAUGGUUGAAGAGGGUCCAAGAGUGUGUCCAUUAUGCUCAUCUCCAAUAAAGCUGUUCUUUAUAAACUACAAUGAGAAAUUGUUAAUGUGUGAGAACACAGAAUGUGAAUUUCCAUUUGGUUAUGAAGAGCUACAGUUUGUGCAAGUUGACAGUGCAGAUAAUGAAACAGGAGCGAUUAAGAAAAGACAUAAUUUCUUCUCGCAGUCACGGUCAUCUACUUCAGGCAUAUCGGCCACUGAUGUAGAUAAGUUAUACAGAGCAUAUGAUUCCGAAGAUCAAUCAGAAAGCACAUCAAUCAAUAUGUUUUCAAAACCGCCACUAAGGUCAUAUAACAGAGAGAGCCGGAGAAAGAUGGAGAAGAAUGUUGAGGACUUGAAAAAUUUAAAUUUGGAACUCGUAAAGGUGAACAGCGAAACCAAAAUAACAAAUAAAACAAUACAAGAUCAAAAACUGAUUAGGAAUCUAUACAAUCUGCAAGACAUAUCUGGUGUUAAACUAUUGAAGCCACAGGAAUUGGAGAUUUUGAAGAAAGAAGCGGCAACGAAACAGCAGGAUGUUAAAAUUGAUAUUGAUAAAGGGAGUAACGAUAUCUCCAUUAUAAAAAUUGAAUUAGUUAGCACAGAUAAUAGUAACGAAAUUAACAAUUCUUAAAUAUUUACUUUGUCCAACCUCAAAUUAGUUUUAACCAAUAUAUUCAACUUUAAUUUGAUAACUGACUAUUGGUAUGGUUGGUAAAGCAGUAGUGGCUCAGUGGGGGUUUAAGACCAGGCGAGCGUGCAGGAAAUAAAUUGAAAAAUCUAUUAUUAUAUGGGCUGAUGAUGAUGAUGAUGAUGGUAUUAAUAAAAACAUUGUUUCUUCACCAUGAAUCCUAUUUAGUAAUUUAAAUAUGUAUGUCAGAGAAAUGUGUAAUUGCAUGAUUUUAGUUUUACAUUUUUUAUACUUAUAACUUGUAAUCUCCUUUUAAAGUUAUUUUUAGUCAUUAAUUUAAUUGUUAUGUAUGGAUUUGUUUUAUUCAGUCAAUAAGUGCUUAUAAGUUGGAAAGUUUAUAGUAUUGUAUAGGGUACUGCAAUUGUGAUAUUAGGUUAGAUAGAAUGCAGAAUGACAAUAAAUUUAUAUUUAUAG